AUGAGCUUUAUAGCCACGUGCUGCAACUGGUGCUGCCUUAUAACGGGCGGCUUUGGAGUCAUCUUCUUGGGCUUUCUCGCUUGCAUGUUUUAUGUUGGUGCAUACUUUGAGCCAGAAAUAGAUUUGGGGCUGAAAGAACGCCCCGACGAGAUUAAAAAGGAACGCGAGGCCCAUGCUAUCGGCUUAAUGUUCGGCCUUGUCGUUGAGCUUGUUGUCUUCGUCGUAUGUCUCGGGGUGUUGAUGAGUAAGCGACAAAGGAAAAGAUUUAUUAAGGCGAGGAGUUAA